GGACUCUGAAUCCCGGAACUCCAGGCGCACGAGGACGCUGUUCUCCGUGGGCUUCCGGGAGCGCGGUAUUCUGUCGCCGGCGCUGCCAGGCCGGAAUUCCCGGGGCCGCCACUGUGUUUGUCGGUGCGCCCAGCUCAGCCGCCGCCAUGGGGAUCCUGGAGAAGAUCUCCGAGAUCGAAAAGGAGAUCGCUCGGACGCAGAAGAACAAGGCCACCGAGUAUCACCUGGGCCUGCUGAAAGCAAAACUGGCCAAGUAUAGGGCUCAGCUCCUGGAACCGUCCAAAUCAGCCUCAUCCAAAGGAGAAGGCUUUGAUGUCAUGAAGUCAGGCGAUGCUCGAGUGGCGCUGAUUGGAUUUCCCUCUGUGGGUAAGUCCACCUUCUUGAGUCUAAUGACCUCCACAGCCAGCGAAGCUGCAUCCUAUGAGUUCACAACCCUGACAUGUAUCCCUGGGGUCAUUGAGUACAAAGGAGCCAACAUACAGCUCCUGGACCUUCCUGGAAUCAUUGAAGGCGCAGCACAAGGGAAAGGCCGUGGCCGGCAGGUGAUCGCUGUGGCUCGCACGGCCGACGUUGUCAUCAUGAUGCUGGAUGCUACCAAGGGAGAGGUGCAGAGGUCUCUGCUGGAGAAGGAGCUAGAGUCUGUGGGCAUCCGCCUCAACAAGCACAAACCCAACAUCUACUUCAAGCCCAAGAAGGGUGGUGGCAUCUCCUUUAACUCCACAGUCACGCUGACCCAGUGCUCAGAAAAGCUGGUACAGUUGAUCCUGCAUGAAUACAAAAUCUUCAACGCAGAAGUGCUUUUCCGAGAAGACUGCUCCCCAGAUGAGUUCAUUGAUGUGAUCGUGGGCAACCGAGUGUACAUGCCCUGCUUGUAUGUUUAUAACAAAAUUGACCAGAUCUCGAUGGAAGAAGUGGACCGCCUGGCCCGGAAACCAAACAGUGUUGUCAUCAGCUGCGGCAUGAAGCUGAACCUCGACUACUUGCUUGAAAUGCUCUGGGAGUAUCUGGCCCUGACCUGCAUCUACACCAAGAAGAGAGGACAGAGGCCAGACUUCACAGACGCCAUCAUCCUCCGGAAAGGAGCCUCUGUAGAGCAUGUGUGCCACCGCAUCCACCGGUCACUCGCCAGCCAGUUCAAGUAUGCGUUGGUGUGGGGUACCAGCACCAAAUAUAGCCCACAGCGAGUAGGCCUGACCCACACCAUGGAGCACGAGGAUGUCAUCCAGAUCGUCAAGAAGUAGUGGCUCCUGCUGUACCCACCCACACACCCUCUCUCUCUGGGGAGUUGGACUUCUUGGGAUAGACCAAAGCCCAAACAGGAAAAAUACAAAUACACAUACCCCAGGAAGGGGUCCCUCAAGUGUCUGCUGUUUCCAGAAGUUUCUUCAGUAGGCAGAUGAUAAAGAAUAUGUUGGGGCAGAGGGAUGAGGUCGGGGGACUUCGGCUGGGCUCGGGCCAUUUCCUGUAAGACUGUCCCUCAGAUGGGGCUUGAGUUUGGAGCUCUGGGCGGGAGCCCUACUUCAGCCUCUAGGAGACACUUAAGGAAGCAAGUUGCCCACCUACCACCCAGGCAGGGCUUCAUGCAAAUAACUUGCUUGGUGCUGGGGUGGGCAGGCCAUGCUGCUGCUCCCUGGAGACAGUAGUCAUUGCUAGGGUGCCUCGGCCCUUUGGCGUCUGUGGCUUCUCUGGCACCUGGGGACACCUCCCAGGAUGGAUACCCACAGACACACCUACAUACACACAGGGCUGCCCUAUGGUGAAACAGAGGUCAGUGGCUUUAAAGGCCCAGCUCACCCCCCCACACACACAGCCUGGGGGGAGCCCUGAAGUGCCGCCCCCUCUAGGGCAGCCCCUACUCAGCCCCAAGACCCAUGCCCUGCACAGACAUCGAGGGUGGGUACUUGGAGUUUGGGUUCUAUAUAUUUUCUCUCUAAACUUCCUGACUCUUUCUGAAAUAAAAGGUAAAAUCAA